UAAAUAUAUAAAUUUGAAAUAAACAUUUAGAACCUAACUCGGAAACACCCUCAACUACAACAAAAGCCAAAAUGUCCAAGAAAAAACGAGAUAGGGAGAGAAAGAAAAUUUUGGAAUUUAAAAAAUUGGAGAAAGAAUCUGUGGAUGAAUGUUUGGAUGAUAAAAUGAAGGAUAUUGAGGCGGAGGUUCGUCCAAAAAUAAUUGAGGAAAAUACAAGUAUGGGUUCUGGUGAAAUUACCGUAACCGAAGCUGAAAAAAGAGAAUUGGAGGGACCAAAAAUAGGGGAGCAAAAAACAGCUGAGAAGUUUGUUUUAGAUAAAUUGAAUUUUAAAAAUAUUCACAAAAAUUUUUUAAGGCCCAUAAUGAAAAAUGCACAGGUGAAAAUUUCUAAAUUUUCUAAAGGAAAAGAUAAAACAAAUUUUAAUAAAAAUGUUAAAGCAAAACAUGGAAAAAUGGAUAAAAAAGAAGCUAUUGAUAACAUAGUUAAAAGUGAUGUUGAAUUAAAGCAAACAAAUGAAUUGACAUUGUUUGAAGAAAACAAUGAAGUAUUCCUUUAUCCAAUUUGUCCUGAUCCAGUUCAGAUGGCUACAUUAAAUAGUCAUUGA